AUGGCUACAUCCGCUACAUCCGCUGAAAAUUAUCUCAAUCCGCCUCCAAAUGUCGAUCCUAAUGUUACAGUUUACCACCUACUCCGGAUGGCCGAAGAUUUUCGAAUUCGGAAGCCUCCCAAAUACAAAUUAUGCCUCAAAAGCCUGAUGGUAUGUUUGAUUAGAUGUUCAUUAGCGUGUUUUGUUCUUUUAGGCAGCCAAAAAGGUUCCAUGUAACAGAGAAUUAAUGGGAAGAGUCGAAUUUCAACUUGGGAAAUGCCUCUGGUUUUACAGUAAAAACACCAAAUUGGGUACCCAUCAUUUAGAAAACGCUGUAAGUUCCCAGUUUUUGUUUCCAACUUGUUCAUUGUUUAGUAUAAUAUCUUCAAAGAACUUGGUGAUCGGUAUGCAUGUCUUCAAACAGUUGGUUUGCUUGGAGAUAUCUACCUAAAUGAUCAAGAUUAUCAAAAAGUUAAGAGUCUGUUGAAAGGAGAGAUUGAGGUGUCAAAGCAAUAUCCAUUCUACCAUUCAAGGGUGCUUUUCUUGUUGGCUGAUGCCUAUUAUCGUUCGAAUGACAUGGAGAGAGCAUUAGAAGUUGUUAAGACUGGAGUUCAUUACUUCACCGAGGUCCAGAACCCUGUAAUUGUGUGUUAUUUCUUGCUGGUAAAAAGUUUGGUAAGUUCAAGAGGUUUUUUUCUAAAUAUUUAUAUUGAUUUAGAUAUAUUCCACCCAAUCUGGCAACUUCCAAACGCAACUGGGUGUGACAGUAGGGGAAUUAGGAGAAAUUCUGAAUACAUUGCCGGCUGAUCUCCCUGAACUGGACGACAUCCGAGCCUUUUGUUACACUAUUCAACUCUCUUUUUUCUUGUCCGUCGGAUUGGUAAGUUACUUUUUGGUUUAAAAUUUUUAUCAUUUUAGUAUAAAAACGGCCGAAGUUGUCUAGGCCAUCUUCACAAUGCAGUCCAAUCGGCUUCGAAGAGAGAAAUGAAUCCAAAACCUCACUUUAGAUGGCUGAAUUCAGAAAUGUUAACAGCUGUUGCUUAUGUCUUUACAGUUCUGACGAAUGUGCAUUUGAAUAACAUGGACAGAGCUCAGCGUUACUAUCAGACCUCGAUCAAGCAUUUUGAGACCCUUAAACAUUGCUGGGGAAGAUCUGUUUGGGCGAUUAUCGAGAGAUCGCACGAAUACUUGGCCAAGAACUUGGAAAUUUUGGUGUAUCAGGAGAUUGCACCUACGUAUUUGAUCAAGGGAGACUCUGAGAAUUGCCUGUUUUGUGUAAGUAGGAAAUGUUUGUUUUUUGCUGUGAAUGAUUACAUUAUAACUGGAUACAUUUUUUUCAUUUUAUGCUUUAGGUAUCAAGGUCGUUGGAUUUAAUGAUGAAGGAUCAAGUUUUGUUUAAUAAUUUCAAUGCCCAGGUCCACUGUACAUUAGGAAUGGUCGCUUGUUUCCAUCGGCGCUUCAAAGAAGCCGAGUCUCAAUAUACGAUAGCUGCAACGGUAUGUUAUUUUUUAUUCAUUGGUUAUAACAAGGAAGCAUUUAUCUUUCAGACGGCCAAUGAUCUCGAUCUCAAGUUAUUCAGCUAUCUGAGUAUGGGUCUUAUCUUCCUUUACACGGGAGAUUCGGUAAAUUAUUAUGAAAUGUGCGGGAAAAUAACCAACUUCCAAUCAAAUUCGAAGAAUCUAAAGGCGAUAUUGUGUUUAGUUAAUGCAUUUAACUCUUAUAUACAUGGCAAAGUGGAGGAUAGCAAGUAAGUUGACAUUAAUGUAACCUAAAGUAAUAAUGUAAACAGCAAAAAAAUUGAAACAUUUAAUUUUACCAUUACUGUUUUCAGAGGACACAUAGCGCAGUGUCUAAACAUCUCCCGAGACGAAGACAUGGGUAGGAUCCAAUCCCUGGCCUCCCUUUUGUCAUCUACUUUAUUCAAGGCCCGAGAUGUGGAUGCUUUUUCCGCCGGCAUUAGUUGGGCAGACAAGUUGUCUGAUGGCUCUCUAAAGUUGUGGGGAUACUCUCAGAUGCUUGGUAAGUUAUUCCUUGUAGUCUGACAGUACUAUUUUUUAUUUUUUUCAGAAAAUGCCAAGGUUACCCAAAAUGAAGAGAAUUUUAAUCAGGCAAACCAACAAAUCGCUGUGUUAAAGGCAUCUUUGGCGGAAGAUCGAAGCAAAAUCAAGUCAAACAAGGCUUUCUCUCUCAUCACAUGGAUCUCAGAUCAACUUCCCAACUAA